ACAGACUGGACUGAAACAUGUAGCCUAAGAUAAGGGUGGUAUUGAAUGUGAAAUGUUGUUGUUUUACAUUUGAAUAUGCUGUCAAGUUUACUCAAACAACAUCAGGCGAAGCAGCAAGUGCGAAAAGAUAAGCAAGAAAAGAAAAAGAAAGAAGCUAUUGUAGCAUCUACAGCUUUGACACAUGCACUAGUGGAUCAUCUAAACGGAGGAGUGGCCCAGGCCUAUGUUAACCAGAAGAAGCUGGACACAGAGACAAAGAUCCUUCAAGCAAAUGCCAGUCAUUUCUCCAAACAAACCAUCCAGUGGCUGAAGCUUGUGGAGGACUUCAACACCUCUCUGAAGGAACUUGGGGAUGUAGAGAACUGGGCACGAAGCAUAGAGACUGACAUGCGGACCAUCUCUAGUGCUCUGGAGUAUGCUUACAGGAAAAGUAAGUAAACUGACUGAUGUGUCGCCAUCUACAAAAGAAGACUGCUGGAAUGGUAGACCAUCAAACACUACAUACAGAAUACAGGAUCAGCAUAAAAUCAGUGUAUGAGAGGACAGAAAUGAAGUGUUGUCACCAGAGGGGUGGUAGAAGUUAAAUGGUGGAGAGUAGAGUGUGUACGAUGGGGGAAAUAAGUGAUAGUAUUUAAUAUGAAUAUAUGCUAUAAUGUUGAGUAAUGUUUUAUAAAGUUUCAUAUGUGCCAGAUUGGAGUAGGUAUGGUAGAGAUUAAUAUGUAUGAUAGAGUUGAGUAUAAGUAUGUGAUGUUGUGUUGAGUAUGUGCCAGAGCUGAGUAUGCAUGAUAGAAUUAAGUGAAUAGUAUAAUUCAAUUUGUGUUGAAGAGUUGAGUGUCCACUAUGAAACAAGACUAAACUUACAUCAAAAGUUUUGAUGAUCAUAUAUUUUCUUUUCUAAAAUUGAUGAUUUGACCAUUGUGUAGAGUAUGUUCUAGAGACCCUCCAAGUUUGGGAUAAAGUAAAAAAAAAAAAUUUUAAUUUGGACUGGCUUCAGUUGCUCCUCUCUUUUGUUAAUUAAACCACAACACACAUAUGAAAUUGGUUCUGGGAGAUUUCUUCACCUGGAGAUUUUCUCAUCUGGUUUUAUAUGAUUUGUACUUUAGUUCAAUAUCUGAACACUAGUCUCUGUGGUCUUGAGAAUGCUGUUACAGUCAUUUUUGGCUUUUUUUUUUUAUUUGUUUGAACUUGACAAAAGAAAUGUCUUCUUUUUUUUUUUCUGAAACUUAUAUCGUGAACAAUGUUGUAAAUUUAGUGUCUCAGGAAAAAAUUAAUUGAAAGCAUGAAUGAAACUAAUGUUUUGGGUGAAAAUGUUGUGUUUUGAGAGCUGAUAUAAAACAAUUUUUUAAUCAAUAGUGUUUAUGAUUGAAAGAGCAAGAAUCAUCACCGUGAUAUUGAUUCUAUUACCAAGUAAAUGCUUUGUGACUGAACAUUAUAUAAUAUGUAUACAUCACUGAUACUUGUGUUCAUCACUGAUACAAUUGUACAACUUCCCUGACACUAGUACAAUAUUAGUGAUACUUGCAUAUGAUGUCACUGACAAUGAUGGUAACAGUUUGUAUGUGUUCUGCAUCACAGUUUUAUGUGUAUAUUAUCAAAGUGAUGUAAUAAAACAAAAAGUGUUUGAA